CGCGUGUGACGUUGUUUGGUAUCCUAGGGAGGCUACACGCACGGUGCUAAACAUCCCAAAGCACGCGAAUAAGCACCCCCAAAGAAAUCAUCUCCGCUCAAAAAACGACAUUUAACUGCGCGACCGCCUUUGUGAGUCGUGGAAAGCGAGUGUGCAGCAUUGUCACGCGGAAAUAAAUGGCUGUCGGGAAGACUGGAGAGUUUUAAGGUCAGCUGUCGACAUUCAAACGUGACAGUGAAGACCUCCUUGGCCAAAAGGAAGGAGCAUGUCUGAAAAUGGCCCUCGCACAGAGGCGCCGCUGUACUUUGAGGUAGAGGUGGACCCCUCGGAAGGGGGCGACGAGGACGACGAAGACAAGCACCUGAUGGCGGAGCCGUCGUCAUCCGGCGCCCGCGUCUACGACCGCACCACCGUGCUCAUCGAGCGGGACCCCAUCCGGCUGGAUGAGGAAGGCGAGGAAGAAGGCCACUGCGGGGGCGACGAAGACGGCGUCACCUUCCUGACCGAAGGGGAAGGCGACGAGGAGGGGGGCUUCAUGGCCGACGCCAUGUCGCAGGGCUACGUGCACCACACCAUCUCGCCGGACCAGAUCCAGUUCACCAUUAAUCCGGGCUCCACCCCCAUGCCACGCAACAUCGAGGGCGCCACCCUCACCCUGCACUCGGAGUGUCCGGAGACCAAGCAGACGGAGGUGAAACGUUACCAGUGCAUGUUCGGAGGCUGCACGAGGACGUACAGCACGGCGGGCAACCUGCGCACGCACCAGAAGACCCACCGCGGCGAGUACACCUUCGUGUGCAACCAGCAAGGCUGCGGCAAGGCCUUCCUCACCUCGUACAGCCUGAAAAUCCACGUGCGAGUGCACACCAAGGAGAAGCCCUUCGAGUGCGACGUGCAAGGCUGCGAGAAGGCCUUCAACACCCUGUACAGGCUCAAAGCACACCAGAGACUCCACACGGGCAAAACGUUCAACUGUGAAUCGGAGGGAUGCACAAAGUACUUUACCACUCUCAGCGACUUGAGGAAGCACAUUCGCACGCACACCGGAGAGAAGCCUUUCCGGUGCGACCACGACGGCUGCGGCAAAGCUUUUGCGGCAAGUCACCACUUAAGAACGCACGUUCGGACCCACACAGGCGAGAAGCCCUUCAACUGUCCGAGCGACGGCUGCGAGAAGACCUUCAGCAGUCAGUACAGUUUGAAGAGUCACAUCCGGGGUCACGGCAAGGGGCAGCCUUUCAGCGUCACCCUCGCUCACCCGCUGUCCGAAGAUGCAAAUCAUUCACUGUGCCUCAGUGACUUGAGCCUGAUCUCCACUGACUCGGAGCUGCGGGAGCAUCUGCGCAACGCGCAGAAUUUGGACCUGAACAAUGUGACCCCUGUGAAAAUCUUUGAGCUCAUGUUCCAGAGUCCGGAGAACAGUGUGAGCCAAGAUGAGGCCCAGCCAAGUGAGAGUCUCCCCGAGCGUUUGGGACUGGAGACCCCCACCCCCCCGGCGGUGACCGAAGCUUCGUCUCUCAUCUCUUUCUCCCUCACUACGGCCUGCUCCCGCCCGCCGGCCGUCAUGGAGGCUCCUCCUUCUACUCAGGCCCCUGCCGUCGUCACCCCCGGCUCCGCUCAAGCGCCCGCAUUCGUACACAUUUCCGACGGGCCCGUUCAGGCUUCCGUCCAAGCGCAAAAGCAAGCGGCGCCACAGCGCUACGUGGCGCUGCCUUCGACAUUCCUUCCUCCGGACACCGUGGCCCAGCCCGCUCCCCCUCCCAUCUCGGCGCCCGCCCCGACGGCUCCGUUGCCGGGCGCUUCGACGCCGGCCGCCGCCUCGGACACAGCUGUAGCUCAACCUGUGCCUUUGGCCAGUAACUCGCUUUCCGCGUCCAGCCCCGCCACCAUCACCAUCGCGCCAACUCAGAACCUGCUGCAGCCCGGCCUGGUUAUGUCCGACCAGAACCUUCAGUGGAUCCUGAGCAGCGCCGCCAACAGCCAACAGAAUCCCGAACAAGCGUCACAAGGUGGUCCAAAAGUGGAGAAGGUCUUCUUCACAACAGCCAUACCAGUGGGAGGCAAUGCUGGCAGCUCAGUCCAGCAGAUCGGCCUGAGCCUGCCCGUCAUCAUCAUCAAGCAGGAAGAGUCGUGCCAGUGUCACUGCGCCUGCCGGGACACGGUCAAAGAGAAGAAGGCCUGCUCGCCCCCGCCCACCUCAGCGCCAGAGACCGCCGCUCCUCCGGCCCAGCCCCAAGCGCCUCCCCCCGCCGCCUCCGCUUCUCCGUGCUGCCUCCCCGAGUCUUCGUCCAAGGUGGGUGAAGUCGAACCCUCCCCCGCUCAGACGCCGCCGCCGCCGCACGGGCUCGCCAACAUGGACGUGUCGGACUUCCUGACGCUGCAGAGCCCGGAGACCGCCGCCAACAUCGAGGCGCUGCUGCUGGUCACCGACGACUUCAGCAUGGCCACCGAAGGCAAUCCUUAGAGCGGGCGGGGCGGUGUGCGCGGGCGCGCUCCUUAAAUAGCGCGGGCGGGCGUGC